UUGGACUAAUAUCAGUCUCUCUCUCUUUCAUCUCUGCUCAUCAAUCACGAUUCAGUGAAUCAUCACCUUCAAACCUUGUCACCAUGGAGCACUCCCCGUCUAUGAACUUGUCAGUGGUGGAUGGAGACGAGGUGGAGGACCAGCGCCCCCUCCUCCCACCAAGGAUGAUUCCUCCACCUCAGGCCUGCACUCCGCAGUGCGGGAUACACCACACAGUCCAAACAUCAUCCGAUCACACGGUGUGGCUGGACAGGACCCAAGCCAUGGCCACUACACCUUUAUACAAUGGCCACCUCUAUGUCACACCUUCGCCUCGCUCCAACAGGAGGGGAGACAAAGCCAAGGGCAAAGAAAAGAAAUGUGAGAAAAGGUCAGGGGGGAGCAGACAAAAUCCAGGACACAAGGAGCGAAAUCACCAGUGCAAAGCCAAAAAUGCAGGAUCUCACAGACUCCAGGAGAAAGUCACCUCGUUCACUGACAUCCCCGUUUCUCCCUGCGGGUCGCCCUUUAAGGGCCCGAGCAGGUCGCAUUUAGACGUUAGGGAUGCUGAGGGAAGAGGGCGGCGCAAGUCAGGUAACAUCACAUUGGAGAUGCACGACCGCCAAAGUCUCCCAGAGAUCAUCAUCACCAGCAAGGAUGACGACCUCCAGCCGCACAGCGAGAUGUCCCAGUAUCGUCAGGACCUGUCAGGGGGUAAAGGCCUGCUGCCGGGAGCCGAGUGUCCUGUUCCAAGCCCCAGUUGCAGUCUUCAGCCCAGUCCAAAGCACAAGACAGACAGCAAGGAUGACCACGAGCGGAAAACCCGCACCAUUGGCUGGCGGCUGGUCUGCAGGAGGGCUUUGUUUCUGAGGAGGCAGCGGCUGGCCGACUGCGCCCUGGCAGUGGGGUUAUUCGGGGUGGUGAUGAUGGUGAUGGAGACAGAGCUCUCCUGGAGCGUCUACAGCAAGAGCUCCAUUUACUCCCUCACACUCAAGUCCAUUAUCAGUUUAUCUACGAUCAUCCUGCUCGGCCUCAUCAUAGCGUACCACUGCUGUGAGGUGCAGCUCUACGUUCAUGACAUCGGUGCAGAGGAUUGGCGGAUUGCCAUGACAACCGACCGUUUGGCCCUGAUAGCCCUGGAGCUGGCAGCCGUGGCCAUUCAUCCCUAUCCGGUGGGCCUGCUGGACUACUUCCAGCAGACCAAGGCUCGUCUGUCGCUGUCGGAGACGGAGCUGGAGAUCAUCCUGGCUCUGCCCAUGUUCCUCAGACUCUACCUGCUGGGCCGGGCCAUGAUGCUGCACAGUCGCCUCUUCACAGACACCGCAUCCCGCAGCAUCGGAGCGCUAAAUAAGAUACACUUCAACACCCGCUUUGUGGGGAAAACACUAAUGACCACCUACCCCGGCACAGUGCUGAUGAUCUUCAGCGUUUCUCUGUGGAUUGUGGCAGCGUGGGGCCUACAUGUCUGUGAGAGGCACCACAACUACAGAGACCUCAGUAGCAACUACAUGGAGGCUUUGUGGAUGGUCUCUGUCACCUUCUUGUCCAUUGGUUAUGGAGACGUGGUGCCUCACACCUACUGUGGACGCAGCAUUUGCCUCCUCACUGGUAUAAUGGGAGCAGGCUGCACUGUCCUGGUGGUGGCAGUAGUGGCCAGGAAGCUGGAGUUGACCAGAGCAGAGAAACAUGUUCACAACUUUAUGAUGGACUCCCACAUCACCAAGAGGAUAAAAAUUGCUGCAGCAAAUGUGCUGAGAGAGACUUGGCUUAUCUACAAACACACUAAGCUGUCAAGGGAACGAGAUCACACCCGAGUCCGCAUGCAUCAGAGGAAGCUGCUCCUGGCCAUCCACCAGCUGCGUCGAGUAAAGAUGGAGAAGAGGACGCUGGCAGAUCAGGGGAACACAUUAGUGGACCUCUGCAAGAUGCAGAACCUGGUGUAUGACGUGCUGUCGGAGGUGCAGGGCUGCAGGGGGGAGCUGGACAUGCACAUCCACAGCUUGGAGAAGCACGUGGAGGAGCUGAGGGAGGGCUUCAGGAGCCUGAUGCCGCUCCUGUCCAGCACCCUGUCCACGCAGAACUCCUCCAUCCGACACCUGCUCAGGGAGAGGGAGGUGAAGACAGAGACUGCCAGUGCGAGUGGGAGUGACAGGUAGAGAGAGGCUGAGGGAGGUGGUGGGGAACUGAAGGCUUCUCAAGGUACUCCAGGUUUAUUGGCUUAUAAUGCAGCUGAAAAGAUCCUGUCUCUUUCAAAGGUGGGAAGGUAGCGUUAAUAAGAUGAAGGCUGUACAGGAGGAAUUUAAAAUUCUGUUAAAAAUAGGUAGACCACUUUCUGUAGCAGAAAAAUCUUAAAACCAAAAUGUAGAUAUUAGUUAGAAAUUAUUACACAACUGAGAAAAAAAAAUCUGCAUCUAUUUUUGACCGCCAAAAAAUGACAUUUCAUGACUCCAGGUUCUCAAGAGUGAGAAUUGACCAGUUCUCUUGGUCUGACAGGAUCAGAAAUUGAAAAUUUGAGGUUUUGUAACAUUGAUCUGGUAUCACCUUGUGCUUUAGGAUGGUGUGAUGGGGGUUUUCAGUGUUUUCCUUAGUUUUAAAGACCAACUUAUAUUUAUGGAGGAAAAAAGCAGAUUAAUCAAUGCUACCGAUUGUUAGUUGAAGCCCUAUUCAAGACAUGACUCAAAGAAAUAAAUCCAGACUGUUAUUACUCCUAUCUGUAAAAGCUGCACUUUUUUCUGAUUUAAUAAAAACUAAAUGAAUUUAAGUACAGUUUGGUAUUGUGAUAUAAAGACUACUGCCUUUGUCUUUGUAUUACAUGUCUAACAAAUUCCUUGUACAGUUUAAAAAAAACAGUAAAGUAACCACACAGAAACUUUUCUUUUAGCCAAAACAAUAUUUUAUUAAGAGAGACAGGGUUGGAGGGUGGAGUUACAGCAACAAUCGAUCUGACGACACAAACAGCGGAAAUUCAUCUGCUGUCCACUUCAUCCUCAGGUCUUGUUUCAGAUCAGACCGCUGGGUCGAGACGCUGAUAUCAACCGGUCCAUCCCCUCC